AUCUAGAAGAUGCCGAAACUAUCGCAAACUUGGUCGGCUAUCUUCCUCUCGCGCUGGAGCAGGCCGGUGCAUUCAUCAGCAAGACACAGAUGCAGCUCGGGAAAUAUCCUCAACUCUUCGAAGGGCACCGCCGAGAGCUCCUUAAGUAUCUAAGCCACAACCAAGUCUCCGUCUUUGCCAGCUGGGAACUAUCCUUCAAGCAACUUGUGGCAGAGAACAGCGACGCAGCCGAGCUUCUGACUCUCUUGGCCUUUUUCCACCAUUCCAGUUCUUGGGAAGGAUUAUUCGUCCCCUUUGCGUCAAAAUCGGAUUUUCCAUCGCCACCCCCCACGCUUGACAAGUUCCAAUGGCUGAGAGACAUGUCCAGCAGCGAGUUCAGGCUCGGCAAUGCUCUGGGGGACAUCUUUUCCGUGUCUCUCGCCAAGCGGAACACGCGCAGCGGCAACAUCUACCUCCACCCCCUAGUGCACUCAUGGGGCCGCGAGAGGCUCGGCCCGAAAGCCAAGAAGGAAAAGCUCGCCCAGGCCGUGGUGGCGGUCGGCAACGCCCUGGAAUGGGCGUACACGCCCGGGCAGAAAACCAACAAGGCCGUCCGCGAGUUCAUAUCGCGAGUCGUGCCCAACGCCGACCACUGCAUGACCCUCGCGGACCAGGAAUUGGACGCAGACAUGCCCUCGAUCCUCCUCGCCGACCCGCAAUCCGCCAAGGCGCUGUUCUACAUUGGCGUCCUCUUCCAGAACGUCAGCAAGCUCAAGCAGGCCGAAACCAUCUUCGCCGCGAUCGUGGCUCGACAGGACGACAACCCCUCCGUCUUCACGCCCUUAAUGUUGGCGAAUGCCCAGCGGCGGCUUGCCCAUGUCGUGAACCUCUUCUCGCGCUACAAGGAGGGAGAGGCCCUCCUCCGGCAGUCGAUUCCGCGCCUGGUCGGGCUCGUCGGCAAGCGCCAUCCAGACACUCUAGCUGCGCAGUUCGAACUCGGAAACGUCCACCACCGCUGUUUCAGGUACAGCGAGGCCGAGGACCUGUUGCGGCAGGUCGUGGAAAACGACACGGACGCGUCGACCGGCGCGAUAGGGCGCAUGGGCCGCGAGGCGACCUCGCUCCUCGGGCUGGUGUACAAGCACAAAGGCCUGCACAAGGACGCCAGCCUGCUUCUCAGACGAGUCAUCGACCAAGCAUCCGAGGAAGACGACGACGGCGCAGCACACCUCCUGACGCUCAAGUACCGCCACGCCUUGAUCCUGCAGGAGCUGGGCGACUGGAAAGUAGCCAUGGAGACAUAUUCCGAGGUCUACGCGGGGCUCAAGGUGGCAAUCGGGCCCAACAACCCGCUGACGCUGCGCACGGCCAACGCUCUGGGGCGGGUGGACUGCUUUCUCGGCCUGUACCGCGAGGCGCGCGAGAUGCUGGACAUUGCGUGGAAGGGGCAGGAGGCGCUGGGGUUCGGGCGCGAGAACGAGACGGCGCAGCUGCGCACGCUCUUCAACAUCGGCGUGCUCAACCGCGAGGAGGGGC